CAUGUCGGUGGAUCUGCAGGGAGACAGCUCUUUACAGGUGGAGAUCUCUGAUGCAGUGAGUGAGCGGGACAAAGUGAAAUUCACUGUUCAAACCAAGAGCUGCCUCCCGCACUUUGCCCAGACCGAGUUUUCAGUUGUGCGGCAGCAUGAGGAAUUCAUCUGGCUACACGACGCCUAUGUGGAAAACGAGGAAUACGCAGGCCUCAUCAUCCCCCCAGCACCUCCAAGGCCAGACUUUGAGGCUUCCCGGGAAAAGCUGCAGAAGUUGGGCGAGGGGGACAGCUCCAUCACUCGUGAGGAGUUUGCCAAAAUGAAGCAGGAACUAGAAGCGGAGUACCUGGCCAUCUUUAAGAAGACAGUCGCAAUGCAUGAAGUCUUUCUGCAGCGUCUGGCAGCCCACCCCACCCUGCGUCGAGACCACAACUUCUUUGUCUUUUUGGAAUAUGGACAGGAUCUGAGUGUCCGAGGAAAGAACAGGAAGGAGCUCCUUGGGGGCUUUCUGAGGAAUAUUGUGAAAUCUGCGGAUGAAGCCCUCAUCACUGGCAUGUCAGGACUCAAGGAAGUGGAUGACUUCUUUGAACAUGAGAGGACCUUCCUGCUGGAGUACCAUACCCGUAUCCGAGAUGCCUGCCUGAGGGCUGAUCGUGUCAUGCGCUCCCACAAGUGCCUGGCAGACGAUUUUAUCCCUAUCUCAGCUGCACUGAGCAGUCUGGGAACACAGGAAGUCAACCAACUAAAGACGAGCUUCCUCAAACUGGCAGAACUCUUUGAACGACUGAGGAAGCUGGAAGGCCGAGUGGCCUCUGAUGAGGACCUGAAGCUAUCAGACAUGCUGAGAUACUACAUGCGAGACUCACAGGCAGCCAAGGACCUGCUGUAUCGGCGGCUGCGGGCACUGGCUGACUACGAGAAUGCUAACAAAGCCCUGGACAAGGCGCGCACCAGGAAUCGGGAGGUGCGGCCUGCCGAGAGCUACCAGCAGCUGUGCUGCCAACGCUUUGAACGUCUCUCUGACUCUGCCAAGCAGGAACUCAUGGACUUCAAGUCCCGCCGUGUUUCUUCUUUCCGCAAGAACCUCAUUGAGUUGGCAGAGCUGGAGCUCAAACACGCCAAGACCAGCACCCUGCUUCUCCGGAACACCCUUGUCGCCCUAAAGGGGGAGCCUUAGAGCAGCCCAAACCUGCUAUGGGACCUUCAGUGACAAGGGCUUCCAGGCCUCCCUCCUCAGCAAGAUGUCUCCCCUUCCCUACCACAGCAGCCACUA